AGUCAUCGUAUAAAAUCCUCGUAAACGAAUGAACAUAACCUCCAGAUCAAAAAUUCCAGUCUUCGUCUCCUCGACCUCACAUCAUAUGGCUCGAACAAGAUUGGCAACUUGUUUCCAGCUGCUGCUGCCCUGCCGUCGACGACAUCAAAAAUACUUUGAUUCACAAGCGCAUGACGAAGUGUAUAUUGGCUCUGUCAAAACGCAAAAGCAACGAAUUAUUUUUGCCCUCCUUUUCCUUGAUACUCUUGACAAUCUGCCAACUUCAGUGGUCAGCUGCUGCGAUUUGGCUGAUACUUCGCACUUAGCGCACACGACAGUCUGCAAUCUGCAUUGAACCCGAGAGAGAGAACGACAGUUCGCGUAUUGAACGCAUACGGGAGUGAUGCAAUUUCGAUUUACAUGACAUUCAGUUAAUAUAAGUGCUAAUACGAGACGUCAAGAUGCCGUUUUUCGAGUUUUUCCGAAACCUCUUUGGCAAGGGACCUGCCCAGGAGCCGCCCCAACACAGGUUCGAGGAGGAUCAAAGGUACAGAGAUGGUUUUAGGAAUCCAAUUUGGCAGACUGACGACGAUGAGGACGAUAUCAGUGAUUUCAGCAACAGGCACCCAGCGAAUAGGUUUCAAUUUAGAAUAUUCAGCGAUCCUUUCGAGAUGACUAGAUUCUUUGAAACUCAAAUGGAUGACAUGAUGAGGAACUUUUUUGGUUUUGGAAAUGGCUUUGGCAACGAUACAAAUAUCUUCUUACCCUUUGGAAAUGAAAAUGCACUUCCUAUGCCAGGUGAAAAUCCUGUUGGAAAAGGACCUAGAGAUGAGGUACUAAAAGCUGAAGUGCCAGAUUCAAAACUUGGUCUUGAUGAUUUUAUAAGUGGAUUGCCAUUUUCCAAUAGAAAGUUUGGUGGAAAGGGACCUGUUGAUGAAGUGCUGAAACCUUCUUAUGAAAUGCCUGAUUCAAAUAGUAAAAAAUUAGAUUCUGAUAUAGAUGGAAAAAUUAAGUCUGAUGAAUUAGCAAAAAUUUGGAAAGGACCAUCAACAUCCCAAGAUGUAGAAAGUUUUACAACCACCCCACAGUUUUCCAUACGUUCCUUUGGAAGUUCCGUUUCAACCCAAAUUGUCAGAAGGCCUGAUGGAAGUAUGGAAGAACGUCGUACAGUUAGGGAUAGUGAUGGCAACGAAGAAAUUAAAAUCACAAGACAGAUAGGUGAUAAAAUGCACACAAUAAUAACCAAAAGAGCAAAAGAUGGAUCUGAAGUAAAAUCGGAGGAUAUAGUAAACAUGGAUGAAAAUGAGCUUAGAGGAUUUGAUGAAAAAUGGACAAGAAUUCGAACUCCGCCUGAAGAUAAUCGGAGUGAUGGUUUUCCCUGGCAUAAAUUUUUUGGACCAAACCCAAAGUUAUAGCAAUAAACUAAAAAAUUCUUGCUUCACGAAUAAUUAAUUAUCAAUUUAUAAAUAUGUAAAUAUAAAUUUUUAGUGUUUAAUAAUUUAUGUAUAAAUAUCUGGUUUACUUGAAAAGGAAACAUUAAAAAUACCGUUAUGUAACGAUAGAUAUCUUUAUUGUUUGUUUUUUUUGUGUAUAGUCUGUACACGUAAAAUAUAUACACAAUCCUAAUAAAAUCUCUUCUAAGCACGAUCGAAUCUCUCGUUUGCUUAGCUACGAAAAGGAGCGAGAAUACACCGUUAUUAUUGUGUGGUUUAUAACUGAUCUUUCAUGCAAAUAAAAAGUCAUAGAAAAAUC